GCUGCCCGCAGCCGCUCGCCGUGCCCCGUGCCCGAGAGCAGCCCCAGCAGCAGACUAGCUCAGCCUCGUCGCGCUCGUCCUCCAAGGCUCACAGAGGUUUGGAGGCACGCGCCUGCCGGCAUGGACGGAGCCUGGGUGGGGACGUGGAGACCGCAUCGCCCGCGCGGCCUCAUCUCGGCCCAGUUCCCCAGCCCCGGGCCCCAGUACUCCAUCCCGGGGACAACAGGUUUCGUGGGCCACAGCCCCACCAAAGCCCGUGCCCCCGCGUACACGUUUCACGGGACCAAGCUGCCUGCGGCCGAGAGCUGCGGGCCAGGUCCCUGCUACUUUGUGCAGCCCGCCAUCACCAGGAACGGGAAGCAAGUGGCUCCGAGCGCCCACCUUUGUGGACGCCCCACGACGAAGACCACCGUCACCCCCGGACCCAGUGACUACCGCACCGAGGCAGCCAACAGGCACAUCUUCAAGUGCCCACCGGUGCAGUCCAUGGCCUUCCGGCGGGAGCCCCUGCGCACAGACCGCCCUCCAGGUCCGGGCACCUACAACCUGCCCAAGCUGAUGGGCCCCAAUACAGCCUACACGGCGGCCAGCCCCUGCUACUCCAUGAGGGGAAGGAGCCAGCGCGGCCGCUUUGACGAAGACCUUGCCAAGACUCCGGGUCCCGCGGCGUUUCCCAAGGUAGCUGUGGACGCCUACAAGACCAGGGCGCCCGCAUACACCAUGGCGGCCCGACCAAAGCCUGCAGAGGGCAAAGCAGUGAAGCCCGGGCCCGCAGACUACAACAUAGGCCGGGUGACGCUGAUCAAGCCCCGGGCGCCUGCAUCCACUUUUGGAAUCCGGCAUUCCCUCUACACAACCCCUCUGAUUGUGGAAUAAAACAGCCACGUCUGGAAGGCCGCCUCUGCUUUCCUGGCAUGGGAGGGAACGGGAAGACACCAAUCAACUGCCGGUUUCCACUUGAUUCCAUUUCCAUCUAUGGAGUUGAUGCCAUUUCCAUCUAUGGAGUUGAUGCCAUUUCCAUCUAUCGACUUGAUGCCAUUUCCAUCUAUGAAGUUGAUGCCAUUUCCAUCUAUGAAGUUGAUGCCAUUUCCAUCUAUGAAGUUGAUGCCAUUUCCAUCUAUCGACUUGAUGCCAUUUCCAUCUAUGGAGUUGAUGCCAUUUCCAUCUAUGGACUUGGGCUUUUGCCCAUUUUACUUGAACAACUGUUAGCAAUUGGAGUAAGUCAUCAAUAAAACCAA